GAUACAAAGUCCACGGUCGAUAGACGGGAAAAAGGAAGUUCUUCCUAGUCCUUAUAUCCAGAGCAUUUCCGAAGGAAGAAAAAUUAAGAUGUUCUUUGGCGCACUCGUGCCUGUUAACCGUGUGUCGUUAGUGAACGUUCUGUGGAAUCCACAGACUAAAUCUUUGGGUAGCGAAAUUAUAGGUUACAGGUUUUCGAGUCUUGAAACAUUAAUGUUAGAAGAGAGCAAUGUUAAUUUAAAAGAUUAUAAAAUUUUCGGAAAAAGCCUGGGACCACAGAUAAAGGCAAAAAGUAUGAAAAUAUGAUAACUGCUAACAUCAUACUUCAUAUGGUAAGCACCGAUGAAGUAAAAAACUUCCACGUUUCGUCAGACGAUGCAAAUUUUGGGGCAUUCGAUGAUGUAGUUAUUGAAAUGGAUACAGACGACCGAAUCCAAAUAAAAGCAGUGCAAUUAAAACACAGCAACAAUCCAGGAAAUUUGGGCAUAAAACGACUAGCAACCGAAAAGGGGGACUUCAGCUUACUUAAAUAUUUUAAAUCGUUCCAAGAGAUAAAGGAGAGACCCCCAACAAUGUAUUUUGUUCACCAACCUUAAAUUUAAAGUUUCGAAAGACACAAAAUUUCAGCUCGACGGAAAAGAAUUUUUCUUAGAACCUUAUGAAGCAACAAUUGACAAUGAUUGUUUGAAUAUUUCUCAAGAUGUAAAUUGUUGCUAUAAAUUUCGCAUUCUAAAAGACGAAUAUGCUGGAGACAGUUUUUCGGAACUUCAGCAGUUCAAGACAUUUUUUGAAAGCUUUAGUCUUUAUACUAACCAACAAAGUCUGGAAAUACUUGAAAAAUCGACAACGAAUAACUUCGCGGAGACGUUCUGUUCUGAUCACGAAACCUUCGAAAAAUACCUCAAAGUUAUAACUGAGUGGGAUAUGCAAGAAGGAUCGAAAAACAAAUUAGACAAGAAGACGAUGCAACGUGCAAUUGCACUUUGUCUUCUGUCUCCAUACGUUGAAAAUUUUAGUUUUGGUGAAGUCAACGACGAAGGGAAAAUUCUUCGUGAAGCAAUUUGUGACUUCGAUAUUACACUUUUGGAAAACACCGAAUGUGAGGUAGUUAAGCAGUUGUGGGCCGAUUUGGACGAAGAUUUUAGCAUCAAGGAAUUAAACAGAAUCAGAUAAUUUUAUCGUCUUUCUCCUAAUUACAUAUCAAGGGUAGAAGAUAUAGAUGGAAGUGUGCUGGCACAACUUUUGUGGGUGUUGAACAAACGUCCACUCAUCGUGAGAGAAUAUGAAAAUAUUGAAAAAGCUAUUCAACUGUGUCCCGAAACGAAAUUUGUUUUGCUUGGUGAAGGAAUAUGGAGAGAGUGGAUGAAAGAUCGCUCCGUGUUCCAGAACUUGUUCAGUUUGAGAUUAGAAGAAAAAUUGUACGAAACAGUGAUGCAGGUCUUUACUAUUUCCCUACAAGGGAAAAUAGUGCUUACUUUGAAGGAAGCGUUAGGAGAAAAUGAAGAAUUUUUAAGGAACAUAACCGUAAAUAGUCUUUUAGAAAUGAUACAAAGUCCACGGUUAAUAGACGGGAAAAAGGAAGUUCUUCCUAGUCCUUACAUCCAGAGGUAUUUGUCGUUAAAUGUUAUAGAUAGUAAAUAUUUAGAACACGUCAAUCAUGAUACCGUCGUUAUUCUAAAUUGCGCAGAUAGUUCUAAUACAAUAAAAAAACCUAAAGAAAUUAAGUUGACAAAUGUCGACGAUUACUUGAAUGAUCCAGAGUGCAGAAGUUCUGAUACUCCAAUUUUCAUUAUCAAUAAAAACUUAUGUAGCGACUCUGAAUUUGAGGAAAUUUGCUCUAAAACAUCAGAAUCAACAACGGUUCAUUAUUUCAAACUUCUUAGUGAUAACAAUUUAGAAUGGAUCCGAAGCAAAGGCGAUGUCGGAGAAUUGCAAAAUCAUAAAUUAGACAGUCAUUCCAAAGACGAAACCGAAUUUUGGUCUUGCACGUUAAAUAAAAGCAUUAACUUAAUAACAGGAGACCCAGGAAUGGGUAAAAGUGAAUUAAUGAAAAGCUUAAAAAAUCAGUGCUCUUCUAAACAUUGGACAAUAAUUAUAAACCCUCAAGACGUUAAUUUACUCUUUAAACAAUCAGAAGCGUGUGCAACAUCAGAUUAUAUAAACCUGUUUCAGACAUUCAUCUUCGAGAAAAAACAUGUUUAUCUUGGACGGUUAGAUAAAGAGUUUUUUAAAAUUUGUUCUGAGCAACUGCGCGUUUACUACGUAUGGGACGCUCUUGAUGAAAUUUCUACUAAAUAUUUAGAACUCGUUUCAGAUUUGAUUGUUCAGUUAUCACAGGAAGGUUUUACACAGUGCGUUACUAGUAGAAAACACUUGAGAUCUUUUCUUGAAAAAAAAUUUAAUACAUUAUCGUUCAGUAUAAAUCAGUUUAAUGAGCAGGAGCAAGAAGAUUACAUUAGAAAACGUCUCAAUCCUGUUGUUUCAGAAGACAACAUAGAGGAAUCUAUUCGAAAAGUAAAAUCUAGUUUUGCUUCGAUAAAGCAUAUAGACAUUUUAGGAAUUCCUCUUCAAAUAUUUAUGCUCACAGAACUAGUUCUUCAAAACAGUGAAGUAUAUUUAAAGUUAUUUGGCGGUUCUUGGCGUUUGACUGAUCUAUAUCACCACCUUAUUGAAGAAAAGUUCAUGGUUUUCUAUGAAGAUAAGUUGUGCCUUGAUUCUCAGCAUUUUCAUUUGAAACGUAUUUUUGCCAGAGAUAAAGGCAUAACUUUAACGCACUACGAAAAACUCGCAGUUAACCUAAUCUUUACGGACUGCGGAGCGAUCGAUAGCACUGAUAAGAGUAGUUGAAUCCCAUUCCUUGAGCGGCCAUAAUAAAAAACUGUUUUGUUAUAAACAUAGUGCGUUUUUCCAACACGUUUUGUUAAAGAUGAAAAAUAUUGUCAUAGUUCACUGUUAUCUGAAAAUCUUCUAAUUAUCUGAUGUUUAACUAGGUAUAUUAUAGGCUGUAGUGGUACGAUCCGUACUUUUAGUUUUACUCUUUUGUGUAUCAUCCUUGUCCAAAAAUUUUGAUUUAAGUACGUAUCUGUAUU